AUGUCACCAUCAUUCGGGAACCCCAUAUCCACUCCGACAGAUUCUUUCGCCGACCCGGGCUCGGACGGGCGGCUGGCCAAGCGGAGACGUAUCAACUUCGCUUGCAACUAUUGCCGCAACCGCAAGACGCGCUGCGACGAGCAGAAACCCUCCUGCAGGGCCUGCAUAGCCGCCGGGAUCGAGUGCGUCACCACUGACCGCCGGCGUCCAGGCAUCGAGGUGCAGCGGCGAGAGGCUAAGCGCCGCACGUCUCGAGCAUCCAACUCGUCUCUACCGCAGUCGUCGACGUCGGCGGGAGCGUAUGCGUCCCCACAAUCGGCCGGAGAGGCCGGAAUCUGCAAUAGCUCGGCCAAUGCUGGUAUCCCCGGUCAUAAGGGCUUACCUGUGGCAGGACUGGGACAAGACGAUGGCUCGAAUACAUCGACGGCUCGUCCACCUGAACUGAGGAGCUCAAGCUCCACACCUUCCGUCCCCCAAGAGGAAGAGGAGUCUGCUCCCAGCAACGGCAGGUUCCAAGGAAAGUUACCCGUAGUCCGACCAAGCCGUCACAGCACCUCAGUAGAAAUCCUAGCCGACUGGCUCGAUCUCGCCUCUCGUCGGUUGGGGUUACCAAACAGUAGGGGUCUGCCGCCAUACACCAAUAACCGAUCAUCCCAUCAUCGUAUACGCAUACUCCUCUCAUCUGGGCCAUGCUGUUUCCCUCCCGCCGAGUCCGCGCGCUUGUUGGCGGCUAGGUUCUUCGACGGACUCAAUGUUCUCCACCCUUUACUCAACCGCGACCGGUUCGAAAAAGACACGGACAUGGCAUUGGGUUCAGGUCCGACAGGAUUUGCCGAAGCUAGAGGCAUUGCCCUUCUCGCUCAAUUGUAUCUGGUUUGGUCCAUUGGCUUCGCUGCACAACCUCUCCUCGACCCAGUGGUAGACCCGCAGGAGUAUUUGGAUUACUGCAAGAACUUACUUGGUCACCUCGUCACCACUAACAGCGUCGAGAAUGUACGGGCGACUGUUCUUUUGGCCAUAUGUAUGCACUGUUACGACGACUGCGCCGGAGCGUGGAACACGCUCACUGUCGGAGUCUCAAUGGCGAUGUCGAUGGGCCUUCACAAGCCACGCACUUCUCGCCGCAACUGCCAGAACAGCAAACCAGAUUCCCUGGACUACGAAGAACGUCGGAUUUUUUGGCUAGGCAUAUACUCAUUUGAAAAGUUUCUGGCGUUUGAGAUGGGCCGUUUGUCAUUGAUUGACGAUGAGGAGUGUUAUUCACCUCACGUGUAUGACCUUGCAACACAUACAGAAGCCGGAACAUCAUCCAACGGCAGGGCUUUCGCCGUCACUGUUGAUCUUGCGAGAAUUUUCAGUGAGAUUGGCCGGAAUUCCGUCGUCAUUAGUAGAAAGGAAGACGGUGUUGUAGGGCUUGCCCUACAGGCUGUCAUCGCCGAGAAGGUUGAAAAAGUGGGCGAAGCACAACUACUCCUUACCAGAUGGGCCGAGUCAGUCCCUGAUGAACUAAGCCUCGUCAUUUUGUCACGCAACAGCCUCCUUAUCAGCGAAGAGGCAAUAUCCUUAGCCGCAAACACGAUCGCCAAAGGAAAACCGUGGGACUACAUUGUACGAAACGGGCAGUCAAUAGCUGUCAACGCUGCCAGAAAGAUGUUGCGAUUACAAGUUGAGGUACUUGAUUCUAAAUCCAAUGCAAUAUAUCCAAGCCUGCUUGUCGCGCUACAUGCCCUGGCUACCUUGGCAAUACACAUCGUUACCCACCCCGAUUCCCGUAUUUCGGCGAUGGACUUACACCUUCUUCGUAUGGCUUCCGAGACGAUAAAGGAAGUAUAUUCACGGAUCCGUGUUGACGGCUUGUUCGACAAUCUGCUACAAAAGGUUGAAGGGAUUCUGUUACAGGCGACGCAAGCUUCAAAUCGCUUAGGUGCUCAAACCAUUGGGGAAGCCAUUCUAGCAACAACAGGAGCCCAGAGUAAUUAUUGGUCAGCCCAAGCCUCCGAGCCGAAUCAGACUCCCGACAGUCGGCGUGGAGAGAGUGAGGGCCAGAUGAAAGAUGCGGGCCCUAUUCCAGCCGCGUCAGCGGCACCGCUAUUCAACCAGAAUUAUAUUGUCUCCGACGCAGACUUCGGGUACGAUACUAUGGGCGACAUGCCUAUAACGGGAGACGAGUGGUCCCCAAAGUUCCUUUGCAACUUCCAGGAAGAUGACGAAUGCUACGGAAUGCACACUCUCACGGAGAUGGCGGCAGGUAGCGACGCUCGCAAAAGUCUUGUGAGAGUUCUUCUCGCACUGGGCAUCCAAUGGCUGACGCACUUCGACACCGGCCUCGCCAAGCUGCACGCACAUGCUCGAAGCUACUUACAGGCACUGGAUCGUGCGACCCCUGUCAGCACCUCAUCGACGGCAGAGUCGGAUGUGUUUCGACGACCCGACGUCAGCACAGCUCUCUCAGCUCAUGGUUCGACCGCAGCGUCAAAUACUCAUCAAUUCGAUUCGUUCUCCUCCAUUACGAACAUCACCAUGGCGGGAGUCCAGACGGGGCUGGAGGUAGCUUUCUACCUCUACCCUUGUGGGCUGUUCGCGACACUGCUGGGGUCGCAGUCCGUCAAGUACUACCGAGAGCGAUACGGCAAGCUGAACCGAGACGCAACGGCCGACGAGAAACAGGCCGAGGCAACCCGACGCUUCUAUGCCCGCCUGAUCUGGUGCUUCCAACUUCUGCUGUCUCUGCUACUGCUGGCCAGUAUCGUGGUGGUCUUGCGCGAUGCUAUCGCCGGUCACGCUGGCGGUCCUCAGGCUGCCUUCCCCGACAGCGCCUACUUGGCAGCACAUGUCGGCGUACUGCUGUACUUCUUAGCUGGCCUGCUGCCCGACCCAGAAGGACCAUGGUCUCCUGUCGCCGCAAAUGGGCACGCUUGGGUCACCGGCGUGCUGCUGGAAGCCGUCAUCGCCGCCGUCCUCAAGACCCAGCAACGUGCAAUUGGACUUUCAGAGGAGGUCGUCGACACUUUGUUCACCCUCAGCUUGGCCAGGCUUGCUGUGCUUGUGGUUAUGAUCGGCCUCAUGGCCCUGAGGCAGUAUAAGCUGAGAUCAUCCCUAUCUCGGUCGGACGCGGCCCCUGAGGAAAGACAAUCUCUCCUUGGGAAUGGCCAAGGGCCUGUGGCCGACUACGGUGGCGCCCACGCGCACAUGCCCGCCAUCAAGCCUGCUUCUGGGAAGCCUCCAGGGGUUCAGGGCACUGGCUGGCUCGACUAUUUCGCCGGCUUCCGCGUUCUCUUCCCCUAUUUGUGGCCGAAAGACUCGCCUCUUUAUCAAAUUAUCGUGGUCAUCUGCAUCAUCCUCCUGGUCUGCCAGCGUGUCAUAAACGUUUUCGUCCCUGUUCAGCUCGGGCGCCUGGUAGACACUCUAGGAUACGGCCACAUACCGUACAAAGAGAUCGUCCUGUACGUCGUCUAUCGGGCUCUGCAAGGAAAUCAGGGAGCUAUCGGUGCUGCUCGCUCUGUUCUUUGGAUACCGGUGUCACAAUCCCUCUAUCGACGUCUGUCCUGCGCUGCAUUUGAACAUGUUCUUGGCCUCUCCCUGGAAUUCCACUUGAGCAAGAAGACUGGUGAGGUGACAAGCGCUCUCAGUCGUGGCGCUGCCAUGAAUACUUUCCUGGAGAAUUUCCUGUUCCAGGUCUUCCCCAUGGUCUUCGAUAUCUUCGUAGCUGGCUUGUUCUUCUUUGUGGAGUACGAUCCCUUCUACACAAUCAUUGUUUUCUUUAUCAUGUGGUCUUACAUAUUUCUCACCAUCUACAUGGCCAAAUACCGUUCGAGGCAAAGGAGAGACAUGGCUACCAAGAGCAGAGAGAUGGAUGCGGUCAAGACCGAUGCUAUCAUGGCUUUCGAGACGGUGCAACACAACUGUGCUGUCGUUCAGGAGACCGACAGAUUUAGGGAGCACGUCACGAUUUACCAAAAGGCGGAACGUCUAGUGCUGUGGUCUCUGAACGGGCUCAACCUCACGCAGAGCUCAAUCUUUUCUCUUGGGACAGCGUUGCUUGUUGGCGUUUCGGCAUACAAGAUCUCCGUUGGCGAGCAGAAGGUCUCAGAGUUCGUCACUCUGAUUUCCUAUUUCUCCCAGCUCCAGGCGCCCCUCAACUUCUUCGGCACGUACUACACAAUGCUGCAAAACAAUCUGAUCGAGGCAGAGAGGAUGCUCGAUCUCUUCAAAGAGACUUCUGGUGUUGUGGAAAGACCUGGUGCAAUCAAGCUCCCAUCACCGAGUGGCGAAGUUUCUUUCAACAACGUCAGAUUCUCCUACCAAGACAAGGCGAAAGACCCAGCCCUUGACGGCGUCAGCUUCACUGUCGCGCCGGGCACGAAGACAGCGAUCGUCGGAGAAUCUGGAAGUGGCAAGUCCACGUCCCUCAAGCUGCUUUUCCGCUUCUACGACGUCGAUGACGGUUCAAUCACGGUGGAUGGAUUCGAUCUGAGAGACUUGAAGAUCGACAGCUUGAGGAGAAAUAUCGGCGUUGUGCCGCAGGACACAGUGCUGUUCAAUGCCACGAUCAUGUACAACCUCUUGUAUGCCAAUCCUAAAGCUUCCGAGGCCGAUGUCCAUGAGGCAUGCAAGGCGGCCAAUAUUCAUGACCGCAUACUGGCCUUCCCGGAUAAGUACGAUACAAAGGUCGGAGAACGUGGCUUGAAACUGUCUGGCGGUGAACGCCAAAGAAUUGCCAUUGCAAGAGCGAUCCUGAAAGACGCUCGUAUCUUGCUGCUGGACGAGGCCACCGCGUCUCUGGACACGCAUACCGAAAGGUUGAUCCAGGAUGCUCUGGAAAGGGUCACCGCUGGACGAACCACAAUCACUAUUGCCCACCGCCUUUCCACCAUCACCACAUCCGACCAGAUCGUGGUGCUCCACAAAGGCAAGGUCGUAGAGCGCGGUAGUCACCACGAGCUACUAGAACUUAAUGGACGAUAUCACGCAAUGUGGAAGAAACAGACUACAAUCGAAAAGGGGGACCAGGAGAAGGAGAAGUUAGGCGAGACAUCUGAAGCGGAGCUCUAG